GUAUAUAUACAAAGUUUUACAUAGUUUCCUUUUCCAAAUUCUUUAAAUAAACCUAAAAACAUAAAAAAUAUGGUAGAUCAACAGAAGCGACGUCUCGAGGGCGCCAUUAGCGACAUGAUCGAGGACAUGUAUCGCUCUCAUCUGCGGCGCAUGCAGUCCAUAAUGCAUCGGUGCGCCGCCACCUGCUGCGACGAUGAGCGCGGCACCUUGGACAGCGUUCAGCGUUGCAUUGAGAAGUGCGCCUCGCCCCUAAUGGAUGCCCAGGACUAUUUGCAGAACGAACUGGGACAGUUUCAAAACCAUUUGCAGGGCUGUGUCAAGGAAUGCAAUAGCGAUGCCCGUUCAAAGCUGCCCAGCAAUCCCAACGAACAAGAUAUGUCGCGAUCCAGACACUUGUUUGAGGUGUGCACCGGUAACUGUGUGGACAAGCACAUCAAUCUACUGCCCGGUCUGAUGAAGAACAUACAGAAGACACUCGACAGGGGUGCGCCGAAGAGAUCGCAUUUGCGUGAUCAAAAGAAUGUCUAAAAGCAGAUGAAACGAUCAUUGAUCAG